AUGACGGGGCUCAGAAUUCUGGCCAUCAUCUCCGCGUUUCUACUCAGCCGUUCGACUUUCGCACUGCCUACCACCACCCAGAAACCACUUCAGUCCGACCUCUUGAUGGCAACAGACCGCAAGCGGCUUCCUGGCAGCAAUGACGCUCGCUACUGUGGCGUCCCCGAGGAGGAACAGCUCUUCAAGAUAGAAGAGUUCUCCAUCUCGCCACGCCCGCUGGCAACAGACACGCGCUUGUUCGCAUACCUCAAAGGCCACGUGUCCGAAGAAAUCAGCGAAGACGAGUUGAAAGAGGCCGUCCUCCACAUCAACACUACGAAUUCCAAGGGAGGCCUGUGGCCUCUCGAGGAGAAGUUUGCGGUCUUCCCGCAGAUCGUGGUCAGACAAGAUCAACAGUACAGCAAGCUUCUGAAGCCUGGAGUGAACGAGGUGAUAGGUGACAUAUUCUUCUGGAGCAAGUUGACGCCAGCGGCGACAUACAAGUUCAAGGUCGAAGCUCACAACUCAUCAGUAUCCCUCGCCCUAGCUUCCUUCUUAGGCAGCACCCUCGCCACCAACUGCACGGCCACAAUCUACUCCGGCAACGACUGCGCCAACGGCACCAGCGCGACCUUCGACGCCGGCAUCUCCGCCUGCCACACCCUCCCCGACGGCGCCAAGAUCGCGAGCGCGGUCUUUUCGAAUGGCUGCAGCUCGCAGACGGGCGAGGACUUUUACUUCUGGAGUGGCUCCAACUGCAAGGGGUCCAACUCUUAUCAGGCUCUCUCGUCCCUGACGGGGAGGGAGAUGUGUGAUUCCUGGUGGGGGGCCGAAUGA